AUGUUGGCAGGAACCGAAAUUUAUGUUACACUAAUACCUUCUGAAGUAACAUCUUCUUUCCUUCCUUCAUUUAUUCAUUCCUUCAUUCAUUCAUUCAUUCUUUCUUUCUUUCUUUCUUUCUUUGCUUCCAUCUUUCCUCCCUUCAUUCAUUUAACACCUUCCGUCCUUAAUCCAUUCCUUCCUUUCUUCCUUCUUUUCUUUCUUUCUUUUCUUCCUUUCUUCUUCCUUUCUUCAUUCAUUCCUUCAUUCUUUUAUUUCUUUCUUUCUCCAUUUCUUUCUUUCCUUCUUUCAUUCAUUCAUUAUUUUUCUUUCUUUCUUUUUUCUUUCUUUCUUUCCUUCUUCCCUUCCUUCUUUCCUUCAAUGUUUUCUUUCCUCCUUCCUUCCUUCCUUCCUUCCUUCCUUCCUACAUUCAUUUAUUCUUUCUUUCAUUCUUUCUUUUUUGUUGCUCAAUAUGCAUCUAUCUGUUUGGAUGGAGGGAUGGAUAUUGGUCUCAUCUAUCUAUCUAUCUAUCUAUCUAUCUAUCUAUCUAUCUAUCUCAAGGAAUAUUUCAUGCGUAUUUUCUUAAGUGUCUUAUUUAAGGAAUAUUUGGAACUCGAUUGGCCUUUCUUUCCGUUUGACGCUACGCCACAUCUUCCUUGCCCAAAAGUUGAAGAGUCUUGCCUAUAA